UGUGUCUGAUGAUGAUCUGCCUCCUUCUAAACUCACCAGUGUGUUUGAUGAUGAGCAGCCUCCUUCUAAACUCACCACUGCAUCUGAUGAUGAGCAGCCUCCUUCUAAACUCACCACUGCAUCUGAUGAUGAGCUGCCUCCUUAAACUCACCAAUGUGUCUGUUGAUGAGCAGCCUCCUUCUAAACUCACCAGUGCGUCUGAUGAUGAGCUGCCUCCUUCUAAACUCACCAAUGCAUCUGAUGAUGAGCUGCCUCCUUCUAAACUCACCUGUGUGUCUGUUGAUCAGCUGCCUCCUUCUAAACUCACCAAUGUGUCUGAUGAUGAGCUGCCUCCGACCAAAGCUGAUGUAUGUUCAAGAAUUGUGGAAGAUGGCACCACAUGAUCUAUUGGUUUCCACAAUAUUGAAUGGAAAUGUAAGGCUAUUUCAUCGGUCAUUUUGCACUUUGCAGUCCACCAAGUGGCUUGAUGAU